UUUCUUUAAUCAGCAAGCUAGAAAUUAUGAAUAUAAGCUUCUCCUUCCUUUUGCUUCUUGUUGCUUUUUACUAUGCUUCCACAGCUUUUGGAGCUACCCUGCCAGAAGAUGAAGUGCUUGCUCUUAAAGAUAUAGCUAAGACACUUGGAAAGACGGAUUGGGAUUUCAGUGUACAUCCAUGUAGUGAACAACGUGUCUGGAGACCGGAUGUUGACAUCGAAGGGAGUGAUAAUGCCGUUAUCUGCAGCAGCAAUUGCUCCUCUGCUAAUAUUGACGACGACACCGAAUGUCAGACGUUACAGAGUCUCCCAGGCACUCUCCCGCCGGAACUUACGAGGUUGCCGUAUCUUCAAGAAAUGGUCUUGGAGUCCAAUCAACUAUCUGGAAAUCUUCCUCUUGAACUUGGAAAUCUCACCCAGAUUCAAAGACUGUACCUUACCUCCAACAAUUUCACCGGAGAGCUACCUGUAACGUUGGCAAAGCUCACUACAUUGCAGAAAUUUCGAAUUGGGGAUAAUCAAUUUUCUGGGAAGAUACCUGAUUUUAUUCAAAACUGUACAAGUCUCACGAAACUAUUCAUUCAAGGGAGUGGAUUAAGUGGGCCAAUUCCUUCUGGAAUUUCACUUCUGGAGAAUUUAAUUGACUUGAGAAUCACUGAUCUGAACGGAUAUGAAUAUUCACCUUUUCCACAACUUAAUAAUAUGACAUUCAAACAUCUAAUUCUGAGGAGUUGCAACAUCAAUGGAACACUACCUGCAUAUCUUGGGACAAUGAAUGUUACCAAUCUAAAAACCUUAGAUCUCAGCUUUAACAAAUUGAGUGGACCAAUUCCGAGAGCCUAUGAUAGCCUAAUAAAUGUGCACCGCAUAUAUUUAACUGGAAACCUUCUCACGGGAUCUGUGCCUACAUGGACAGAGAAAGCUGACAAUGUAGAUCUUUCAUACAAUAAUUUCAGCAUAGGAAACCAAGAGAGCCCGACAUGCCAAGAAAGAAAUGUGAACUUGUUUGCUAGCUCUUUGACGCACAAUGACUCAGGAACGGUUUCAUGUUUGAGAGGAAACUUCGACUGUGCAAAAAGUAAGUUUCUUCAUCCAUACUCUCUUCAUAUAAAUUGUGGUGGAAAGCUGGUAAUAGUCAAUGAUAGCACAUACGAUGAUGAUUCAGAUGCAGCAGGGCCAGCUAGAUUCCAACAGAAAAGAGGAAGAAACUGGGCGUUUAGCACCACUGGUAACUUCAUGAAUAAUGAUAAAGAUGGAGACUACUAUACCUGGGACAAGAAACCUACGCUUUCUAUGGUCAAUGCUGAACUGUACAUGAAUGCACGAGUUUCUCCUAUUUCUUUGACUUAUUAUGGAUUUUGCCUGGGAAAUGGAAACUACACAGUGAAUCUAUAUUUUGCUGAAAUCAUGUUCAGUAAUGAUCAAACAUAUAACAGCCUUGGCAGACGUGUAUUUGAUAUCUACAUUCAGGGAAAGCUAGUGAAGAAAGAUUUCAAUAUUGCAAAAGAAGCAGGAGGAGUUGCCAAGGCAGUCACAAUGCCCUUCACUGCUGUUGUGACUAAUAAAACCUUGGAGAUCAGAUUAUAUUGGGCUGGAAAAGGGACAACUGUUAUCCCAUUUAGCUCAGUAUAUGGUCCUCUUAUAUCAGCUAUAUCUGUGCGAUCUGACUUUUCACCUCCCCGGGAAAAUGGAAGUGGCAUGUCUGCAGAAGUUGUGUUCGGAGUUGUGGCAGCAGUAGUAGCUGUUAUCAUCCUGGUAUUUGGUAUACUUUGGUGGAAAGGCUGUUUAGGAAAGAAAAAAUCUUUAGCAAGAGAGCUAAAAGGUUUAAACCAACAAACAAGUUUAUUUACCUUAAGGCAAAUCAAAGCAGCAACAAACAACUUUGAUAUUGGCAAUAAGAUUGGAGAAGGAGGAUUUGGUCCCGUGUACAAGGGAUGUCUAUCAGAUGGGACAUUAAUAGCAGUUAAACAACUUUCUUCUAAAUCAUCGCAAGGGAAUCGCGAGUUUUUAACUGAGAUAGGCAUGAUUUCUGCUUUGCAGAACCCUCAUCUUGUUAAGCUCUGUGGAUGUUGUGUGGAGGGAGAUCAGUUACUGCUGAUAUAUGAAUAUUUGGAAAACAAUAGCCUUGCUCGUUCUUUAUUUGGCCCUGAAGAACACCAAAUAAAAUUGGAUUGGCCAACAAGAUACAAGAUAUGUGUAGGUAUUGCUAGAGGUUUGGCCUACCUACAUGAAGAAUCGAGACUGAAGGUUGUUCAUAGGGACAUUAAGGCCACUAAUGUGCUUCUUGAUAAAGAUCUCAAUCCAAAGAUAUCCGACUUUGGUAUGGCCAAGCUCAAUGAAGAGGACAACACCCAUAUUAGCACUCGAAUAGCUGGGACAUAUGGAUAUAUGGCUCCGGAAUAUGCCAUGCAUGGUUAUUUGACUGACAAAGCAGAUGUCUAUAGUUUUGGAAUUGUGGCAUUGGAAAUCAUAUAUGGAAGGAACAAUACCACUUAUCGACAAACACAAGAAGCAUUCUAUCUUCUUGAUUGGGCACGGCUGUUAAAAGAGAAAGGAAAUCUAAUGGAGCUAGUUGAUAAAAGAUUGGGUUCAGGAUUCAACAAGGAAGAGGUAAUGGUGAUGAUCAAUGUAGCUCUCCUAUGCACUAAUGCGUCUCCAACACUCAGGCCUACAAUGUCUUCAGUGGUAAGCAUGCUAGAAGGUAGAACUGUUGUUCAGGAAGUGGUUUUGGACACAAGUGAGGUAUUGGAUGAGAAGAAGUUGGAGGCAAUGAGACAGUAUUACCAUGAUCAGAAUAUCUUAUUGGAAAGGCCAUAUACUGCUUCAUCUUCUUCUGCAACAGAUUUUUAUUCUGCACAGGUGGAUUCUUCUUACUGGGAAAAGAGAGAUUAGAGGCUAUAGAUUGAAAUUGUAUUCAAUUGUAUGAAUUGUCUUGCCACGAACUGGUGUCUGAAAUUCUUCUUUUAAAUUUGUGUAUGAUUCCACUAUGGUAUAUUUCUUUUCUUACUUUAAUAAACUUUUC